GGUGCAGGGUGUUUCCUCUCACACAGGUGUCUCCAGUGGCGAAGAGUGCAUGUGUUGUUUUCAGUCUCCUCCAACAACAAGGUAACCAGCAACCUAAAGACAAGAAUCAUGGUCGUGAAGGUCAAAAUCGAAUACUGUGGUGGAUGAGGUUACGAGCCUCGCUUCCAGGAGCUGAAGCGAGAAAUCUGCGGCAACUGCCCUGAUGCUGAGGUGUCCGGCUUCGUGGGCAGGAGAGCAUGCUUUGAGAUACAGAUCAAUGAAUUUUUGGUCUUCUCAAAGCUGGAGUCAGGUGGUUUCCCUUACAGUGAGGAUAUUAUAGAGGCCGUUGUGAAGGCAAAGGAUGGGAAGCCUGAAAAAAUCACAAGGAACCGUAAAGAGUGCAUCAUCCUCUAAGGCUUUGACCUGCGAUCUCCAUCUCAGUGGAGAUCCUUAUCAGCGUCUUAUUGGUCCACUGCAUAUAAUACAGUUUUAAAGCUCUUCACUUAUCUGCUUUAGCGCUCUAGUUUUUUUUAGACAUAAAUGACUGCCUUGGCUCAAAGUUCAAAAGUUAAGGUAUGAAGCUUCAGUCUCAAAAAACUAAACCUAAGAGUAAUAAAGAAGAAAGUGAAGAGUACACAUUUUA